AACUAAGAGCGGAUCAACAAGUGCUCAAAUAUCCAGCUGUGUCACAGACUGGUACACAUGAUAUUUAAAAAUAAACAGGAGGGUACAGCAUGAUGGUGGCCAUCGGGCCAUGUGCUAAAGGUGCCUAUAAAUUCAGAUGCAUGUUCCACAGUGGAACAUUUAGCACACAGUACACAAAGGACUCUUUAUCGUCUUGUUCUUACUGGAUUAUAACUUUUUGGGACAAUUAUCAAGAGCGGUGUUAUGCUAACAGGCUUGCUUCUAAUAAAGUUUAUGGCCAAAGGCAUUUCCACGACAGAACCCCGUCCAAAGACCAACCUACUUCUUGAGAAAACCUGAUACUUGCUUUCACCCUUUCCCACAGACAUGAAAAUGGUUGCGGUGAAACGAAGUGAUGCUAUGCCCUCUGCGGGGAUUAAGGUCUUUGGAGCUGGUCUGGCAGCUUGCAUUGCUGACCUCAUCACCUUUCCCCUGGAUACCGCCAAAGUCAGACUGCAGAUCCAGGGAGAGUGUCAGAAGCUUGAGGGAUCCAGUGUAGCGAGGUACCGUGGUGUGUUUGGCACCAUCAACACCAUGGUGCGCACAGAAGGAGCCAGGAGUCUUUACAACGGACUGGUUGCUGGACUCCAGAGGCAGAUGAGCUUCGCCUCCGUUCGCAUCGGCCUUUAUGACUCCAUGAAGCAAUUCUACACUCGAGGCACUGAGAAUGCUGGGAUUGUUGCUCGACUCAUGGCGGGCUGCACCACUGGAGCCAUGGCUGUGGCUUUUGCACAACCAACCGAUGUGGUGAAGGUGCGUUUCCAAGCCCAGGUCCGACUGUCCGACGGUGAGAGAAGAUACAACAGCACCUUGGAUGCCUACAAGACCAUUGCAAGAGAUGAGGGAGUGCAGGGACUUUGGAGAGGAUGCAUGCCGAACAUCACCCGCAAUGCCAUUGUGAACUGUUCAGAACUGGUCACCUAUGACAUAAUCAAAGAGCUCAUCCUGAAGUACGACCUGAUGACAGACACCCUGCCAUGCCACUUCACGGCUGCUUUUGGCGCUGGCUUCUGCACAACAGUGGUGGCGUCACCAGUAGAUGUGGUGAAAACACGGUUCAUGAACUCAGGAAAUGGCCAGUACAGCAGCGCCGUCAACUGUGCACUCAUGAUGCUGAAAAACGAAGGACCCUCCGCCUUCUAUAAAGGGUUCAUGCCUUCUUUCCUGCGACUGGGGUCCUGGAACAUUGUGAUGUUUGUGACUUACGAACAAAUCAAAAGGGGGAUGACAGGAGCGCAGAAGUACUGGGAGUCGCCAUUUUGAUCGUUGAGACAUGAAAGAUGGUAGAGAUGGAUAAGUCUGACCUGCAGUGGUGAACAUUGUUUCUGAGACAUUUGUGGAAGACCAAAAGUGGACACUACAUGGCUGUAAGGCCCACUGAUUUGGAUGGACUCCAUGAGUUGUGCAUACAAACACGGGGCAGGAAGAACCAGGACAUCGCUGGAACACCAGGAUGAUUCAGAUAUUUUUGGGACUGUCAUAUUUACAGCGUCUCCAUAAUGUGUUCAGAUCAACUGGCUGCUUGAUGAUAAACUUUGAUGUUUACAAAGAUAAAGUAAAGGAUCACAUGAAUGGUUCGCUGGCGCUAUUCAAGUUUUCAUUCAGGGCAUUGUUCCAUGAUCAUUUCUGCUACACGUCACUUCUUUUAGUUUGCACAGUGGAUUGUUUACAUCGAUUCUGGUGCAUAGUAAGAAAUGUAAUGUUGAAUGUAAUAGUAAGCACUUAUUGUAUAUAAUAUGACUUGUUGCUGGUCAGUGGGUCAUGAAGACUUUGCACACAAUAAAAUAAAUAAAUAGUCUCUUUUUAAA